UGAGCCCUGAAAUCCCGGGCAGAUAAUCGCUGGCUUGGCAGGGAGGAGCGGAGAAAGCAGGGUGGCUGCUUGCUGGCUUUGGGGUUUAGGACCCAGAGGAGCCAGCGGCAGGCACCAGGGAUUGAGGAGGAACUAAAAAGUUACCGACUCUCACAAGUGUGGCUUGGGUGGCUCACAGACUCUGUGUUGCCUGGGGCGCUGGGAGACUCUGCUGCAGCUCGUCCUGCACCAUGAAGGAGACUCUGUUCAAGGGGAACUUCUGGAGUACCGAUUUAACGAGCACAGCUGGCUACGACAGCAUCAUUCAACAUCUGAAUGAUGGCAGGAAGAACUGCAAGGAAUUUGAAGACUUUCUGAAGGAAAGGGCAACUAUAGAAGAAAAAUAUGGCAAAGAGCUCAUUAACCUGACAAAGAAGAAGCCCUGUGGGCAGACAGAAUUGAACACCCUGAAGAGAGCUCUUGAAGUUUUUAAGCAACAGGUCGAUGGCGUAGGGCAGAGUCACAUCCAGCUGGCCCAGACCCUUCGGGAAGAGGCAAGGAAGAUGGAGGACUUCAGGGAAAAGCAAAAACUUCAUCGGAAAAAGAUAGAGCUUGUAAUGGAUGCUAUUCAUAAAAAUAGGAAUUUGCAGUAUAAGAAAACAGUGGAGGCAAAGAGGCUGUAUGAGCAGCGAUGCAGGGAUAAAGAUGAAGCAGAACAGGCCGUGCACCGCAAUGCAAACCUUGUAACACAAAAGCAACAAGAAAAGCUGUUUGUAAAGUUGGCUCAGAGCAAAUCAGCUCUGGAAGAUUCUGACAGGCAAUAUCAGCUGAAUGUUGGUGCGCUUGAGAAGAUCAGAGAAGAAUGGCAGAAUGAACACACCAAAGCCUGCGAGUUCUUUGAAACCCAGGAGUCCGAACGGAUAAACUACUUCCGCAAUGCGCUGUGGCUGCACCUUAACCAGCUCUCUCAGGAGUGCGUCCAGAGUGAUGAGAGAUAUGAAGAAACCCGUAGGAGUCUAGAAAUGUGCAGCAUCGAGAAGGAUAUAGAAUUUUUUGUAAAUUUCCGUAAAACCGGAAGUGUGCCCCCAGCUCCUGUGGUCUAUGAAAAUUACUAUAACACACAAAGAAAUGCAACUACAACAAGAAAUCAGGCCCCAGCACCUGGGAAAGGGAGGAGGGGGCCGUUACCAAUUCCUGCGAGUGGGCCAGGUGACCCUGAUUACGCGACGGUUGAUGGUUACAGUUUAAUACAUCACUAGCAUGAGCUGGUCUCAAAGCUGCUUGCCCAGUAGUGGCACUGAGUGCAAAAAUUAGUCGUCUGAGCCACCCAUCAGAGACGGUGUAUUCAGUUGCAAUUCCAGCAUCGGGCACAGUGACACAGCAUGGAACUGUUUCUUCUUUUAAAAAAUAUUUUGAAACUCUAGGUUAACUAUUUUGUAUGUUUUGAGGAUCCACAUGAGGUCCAACAAGGCCCCUCUUCCUUCACGGCGACAAAUUACACGGGCUGAUGUCCUAUUUUCGAGGUCAGGAAGGAGGACAUUGAAUCUCUGAAUAACGUUCGCUGAACCAAUGGAAUCUCCCCUAUCAAUAAGAGGGCUUGUGUUGGUGUUGGUGACAGUUCUUUGUGAUGUGCAAACCUCAACAUCUGUGUGGAAGACUCUAAAGGAUUUUUAAAAAAGGAAUCUCUUCUCACCAUGACGACUGAGAAUUCACAUGUGCCGCCGUAGUGCUGCCAGUGGGAAUCAUGUGCAGUGCUUUGGGCAUAGCACACAGGUCAAAGUAAGGUUUUGGUUUGGUACGCUGGAUUUUCACCAAGCUGAUUAAGAUCAUAGCCUAACCCUAAUUGUGGGAGUGCUCAUUAGACUGCUUACUCAUGGCAACACUGAGAGUUAGAACUCGAGAGGUAUUUAUAUGGCUGUACUGUGCAUUUGCUCCAGGCUACGCAGUGAUGUUGGAAGAAGCUGAUUCAUAUCCUGUCUCUAUCUAUCACGCCUCAGGAGCCUGUUUGGAUUACAUGAAUGGUCCGUUGACUUCAAUAUGGGUUCUGAUGAGAGGAAGGUGAACAAGUUAUGGCCCUUCAGUAGUUACCUACCACCCUUCCCUGGUUCUACUGUGGCACAGCAGUACAAUACAAAACCAUCCUUGCAGGUCCAGGCUGGUGACUCCUCCAUUCUUGAAUAACUGGAGGACAUGAGCCGGCCCUCCGGAGAGCUACAUCUGAAGGCAGGGCUUGCCGCUGUUCAGCUACCCACCACCAGGGCCGGCUCUGGCUUUUUUGCUGCCCCAAGCGCAAACAAAAAAAAAAAGAAAAGAAAAGAAAAAAACCUGCGGGGCGGCCGGAGCGCGAGUUCAGGGGGACUCCUGGCACUGCAGACAUGCCCCGGGAAAGGAGACAGAGGGAGGGGAGAGAGAACGGGGGUGGCCAGGCCUUCUGCCACGCUGCCUGCUGGGAGGGCUCUGCACCUCUCUCUGCUCUGCCAGUCCCAGUCCUCCCUUUGGAUCUCAGUCCUACACUACAGCCCACUACUCUUUCAAAUCUCACCCCCCAAAGAGUUCUGUCGAUGCUUCCCAACCCAAUCGAUCUGAAAUGUUAACUGAGCGCUGGUCAUUGUAGCAUGUAAGUGUUCCUCUUCUGCUGGGCCUUUGAUGCAAACUUGCCAGUGCAGCACAACCCUCUAUGCUAUUCCAGUCCUGGGUCUCCAAAACCAUUCUGCCGAUGCACCUCAAUGCUCACCUUGAGCUUGCUGGGGUGUGGACUUCUGAUUUCCUCUUGUUCUGGAAUGCGUAGCCACGAGCACAUAUACUGUGUCGAUUCCACUGCAAGACACCUACGGAUGUAGGGAACUUCAGUGAUUGGAUCUCUAUAUAUGAUGGCCCAUUGGGCCGACUCUAUUUUUCUCUCGCCUCAGUUUGGAGGGGAGUGGGAGUGAGAAAGUGAUCCCACGGGUUCCUGUAAAUGCAAGUGAAGCCCUGACUUUAAUGUGGUUGAAAAUGAUGAUGUAACACUCAUUGAAUUUAAACAGUGGUUCUCACUUGGUUCCAUCCCAGGCCCUCUUCCCAUCUAGCUGAAAUCCCCUACCCAUUUAGCAACAUGGGAAGGAUGGGGUGAUUGUGAUCCCAACAUUUGUUUGUGACAGUCCCUAUUGCUGUUCUAGUAGUUGCAACUCCCAAGAUGAGAACCCCAUGUUUAAAAGAUGUCAGAAGCUGAUCAAGCCUAGAUUUCAUUUGCAAAUCCAGACCACAGAGCAUUAAAAGAACAAACAGGUAAAGUGCAGAUGAGAAAAUACAUCACUAUUUAUCAUUGUAUUGUUACAAAUGCACACCAGAAUAGAUGGUUCAGUGAUACCACCUAGUACUUAUAUAGUGCUUUUUCAUCAUUUAGUCUCAAAGUGCUUAACAAAGGAGAUCAGUAUAAUUAUUCCCAUUUGCCAGGUGGGCAAACUGAGGCAUAACAACUUGAUCAGUCACCUAGCAGGUCAGUGGUACAGACAGGACUAGAAUCUAGGUCUCCUGAGUCCCAGUCCUGCAUUCUCUCCACUAGGCCACAUAGUCUCAGCAUGAGAGAGAAUUGGUACAGAGCCUUUGUGAGUAGUGUCCAAAUGUUACUUCCAUCUGAAAGCUGUAGAAAGAGAAUUGACCCCAGAUCUACAGCUAGGGCCUUUCAUUAGAGAUUACUGGGAUGGCUGAAUAGUAAGGUCAGGGCCAUAGUAUAAGAACUAGUACUCAGAAGCAUAUUGUACAAGAAGCUCCUUUUCUCUGCUGGGAUUUCCAGGCUGACACAGGGCGGUAGAUGGUCUUAGUUUGUUUCUUGCCUACAAAAACUGCUGCUCAACAACUUUCAAAGUGGUGCACUGUGUUUUAGGCACAUAAUUCACAAUAACUUUAAUGGAAGUCAUGCAGCUAAACCCACGUGCAUCACUUGAAAAAGGGAGGGGCUAAAAUGCAGCCCCAUAUUAAUUGCCCAAGAGUGAUGCUCCUUCUCAGUCCUGGGAGUAGGGAGAGCGAUUAUUUAGUUGACAGCAGGACUCCAAUAAAUAAGUGCUUUUCGAAAGGGAUCUUUUUAGUUCAGAGUGUAGUUAAUCACAGGGCAAUGUCAUGCACAUUUGAAAUGUGGAUCGCUUCACUGUAUUUGCUCUCUGAUUUAAAGAAGCCAGUCCUGAAAGCAAAAAGUACGAGUAUUCUGCCCAGCCAAUCUUAAAGAGAAAGAAAGCAAGCUGCCCCCAAAAAUCAAGGUUCUUCUCUGAAUUGUCCUAGAGAGUGUCUAAAAUCACUUCAGAAUCAAUAGGUCAAUACUCCCUAGAUAAAAGAGGAAGGUGUGAAACCGCUAGCUACACAAUAUUGAGUUCAGUUUUUCAGGAGGUGAAUUAGAAUGGUGGUAGGUAUGUGGAAAUACUUUCAUUUCUAGCCUGAUGUUUUCAGUUUCUAAAGGAGUCUGGAAAGGCAGAUGGUUUCAAACCAUAAAAUGUUAAUGAUAAAAAUGACAAGCGUGGUCAGUGGCUAUUGUAAAAGCUUUUUAUUAUUGUGAUUAGAGCAAAUCGUAUGUAAGAGUGUGGAGGUAAAUUUGGAAUAUAUCUGAAUUUAUUAAGAGUUUAGUGCAACUGGGCUAAAGUGAAACUUCACAAGCAAGUGGUAGAAGGGAGCUUUCAAUCUGGGGCCGCAGAACUCCAUCAGCCAACACCCACUCAUCCCUGCAGCUGCAGUCGGCUGCAGAGUUACAAGUGAUACAUCAUCAGAAAAAACAACGAGGAAUCCUCGUGGCACCUUAGAGACUAACAAUUUAUUUGGGCGUACGUUUUUGUGGACUAUAACCCACUUCAUCUGAUGCAUGGAGUAGAAAAUACUGUAGGGAGGUUUAAAUACACAGCAUAUGAAAAGAUGGGAGUCACCAGAAAAAAUUCUCAUUGGAUGAUUGUUUCCAAAGCAUGACAUUUGCUAGCUGCUUUAGGAAACAGUAACUUUUAUACAAAUUAAACCUCCAGUGAAUAUCCUGCUGUAUUUUUCUGUGCACUUGAAGCACAGAGAUUGCUGCGUUCUAUGUUAAAGCUGUUAGCUGAAUGAAAAGAAAAUUUGAGCUAAUUUGGAAAUUAAGGGCAAAACUCUUUCUUAUCUGCGCUGCAAAUUGCGAUUGCAUCUUUGCUUCUCAUUGUGUGAACUGUUAUUGACACCAGUAGACUUGCCAAUAUUGUAACCAAUACAACCGACCCCUGCAGGGCAGGUAAGUGAUCUGUAGUGUGACUCAGAACAUUAGUUAGUGGCAAUAAGAAUUUUAGGGUAGCUAAGCAGUUGUGGAACAGAAUAGGACAGUUAAUGUGUCACAAAGAUGUCACUCACCACUGCAGUAAAGGAGAGGGGGAAAAAAAAGCUUGAAGUAAAUUAGUGGAAGUUAUUUUUGCUUAUGUUUGCCUAUCUUUAAUGGGCUUCCUAACCAGGAUUUUGGUGCAAUGACAAAAGACACAAACACGCCACAUCCCUCAAAGACUCCAUCCAAGGUCUUUGAAUUAUACCCAUUGCAUGGUGCGCUAGGAUUUUAAGGCCUUGUGUCCAUAGCCUUGCUGCAGAUUUUUACAACCAUGCAUACACAGUUUAACCUGUGCCUGAACAAGGUCAGUGAGGCUAGAUCCAACGCUGCUGGAAUGCUGGGGUUGGGGAAGAGGGGGAAAUGUGCUAUCCAGUAACCUCACGACAUACUGUCUCAUUGCUUGGAAAACACAGCAGAACUGCUUGUUUGCAGAGAGAUCCUUACAAAAUACUUGUACAGAACUGUUUUUUGUUAAUAGAAAACAAAUGAGUUUUGACUGUUAAAUUAUCUGUGUGAUGAGAUUUGUCUGAGCUGAGUAAGAUGCGCAGUGCUAUAAAUGAUAACAAAUGGGUGCUGAAUGGUCUGCUUUGGUAUUUUAUUGGAUUGUUUUUGUAUACUUGUAAUGAUUUGUUUGUCAUGUUAAUUAAGAACUAUUGUUUUCUGAAUAGUUAAUAAAAUGGCCAUGAUACAUG